UUACAAAGAUCUAAGUACCCGAAUGUCAGCUUCGUCAAAUCAACCAAGGACAUCUUCCAAGCGCUAGAUAAGCUUUCCAUCCAGCCUCGAGUCAAGACAACUUCCCAGUCCACAAGCGCUGCAAAGGACUUGUAUACUGUGUGGAGGUCGACCAGUGACUCGGACUAUCUGUUCCUCUACGACAAGGGUCCAUCAGCAACAUUUGAUGUCGCCGCAGAGGUC